AUGGGGAUAUUGAGAAGUCGUGUUGACUUAGCCUACAGAGCAUCAAGCGAUCCAUUAAAAAUGCACAGAGCACUCCGCAUAGUGAAGCCCAACACCGACAUCUCUGGUGAUUACACGUGUGUCGUUUCAACAUUCAUGGAAGAGGAUUCAAGAACGAAGCAAAUGAUUGUUUUUGUACCAGAGACGAACUUCCGCCUGAUCCAGAACAAGACUGACAAUGAUACUGUGAACGUCAUAUGUGCUGCGGACGGAGCGUUUCCUGCGCCAAACCUCACGCUAGCCACACCAAAAAGUAAGGAAAGAAGCAAUUUACUAUCCGGGGCCCAUUUCACAACACCUGAAAUGCCAACCGCGGCGGACAUGCAACUCGCUGCGGCUAUUGGCUCUAAAGGCAUCACACUGAAUAUCUACGCACCGGGUGAAAUUCCAAGUGUUCCAGCUAUUCGUCUAGUCAUGUUGUCCAAAGUCAUAUCUUAA